GCCUUCUUUCUCUCUCUGUGCCUUUCGUCGGAGAUAUGUGGCUUCUGAGGGGAGGGCACUAAGCAAGGAACGCUGGUGCUGCUUUGCCUGGCAAGCAGCAGCAGCAGGCGAGGGGAGGGGAGGGAGGUGAGUGGAGAGGAGAGGAGAGGAGGGAAGGGAAGGAGAGCUCUAGAGCUUCUCCUCCUCCCCUUUCUCCUCUCGGCAGAGUCGAAUUGAGUUGAGUUGGAGGGGAAAAGGGUUGCAAGUCUUUCUAGAACGCUACUCCACUCCAUCAUCCGCGUCUUCUUUCUUCCUUCUUCUUCUUCUUCUUCUUUUCCUCCUCUCAGCACAUCACUACUGCUGCGUUCCUCCCUCUAUGGCUUGUCCGUCUGUCUGUAGAAUCGGAGCUUCCUUUGCUGCCUCUCUCUCUCUCUCUCUCUCUCUCUCUCUCUCUCUCUCUCAUUUUCUCAUUCUCGGUCCCUUCUCAAACACGAACUGCCUCAGAGAUGAAGCCUGUAUACAGCACUGCAGGUUUGGUUGGCUGAUUUGGCGCGCCUCGCAGAUUAUUUCCAGCGUGUGCUGCCUUGCCUUGCCUUGCCUUCGUCGUGGUCUCCGGUGGACUGCCGCGCGAUCCGAGGUCCGAGGUCACUGGCGAUUCCGCACACCACACAUGGGCAGUGGACGUCCGUUGGGCCAGGCCUGUUUGUUGGAUGCUUUUGUGCUCAUAUGUGAUAGAUCCAGGGCCCGAAAGUGAGGUAUUGUCGCGUUAUCUAACUGCCACGCAUUUCUCCUGCACCUGGUGCGCGAUAAUUGCCUCAGGAGAUCGAUCAGAAGGUCUCUGCUAACAACAUCGGGUGUGCGUAGCACGUUGCCCUUCCCACGCGAUAUUGUUCAGGUUCGAAAAAUCCCCCUCUAUCGAUCAAGUCGAGCGUGGAUAAAUGGAGAAACCCAAGCUACCACUCCGGAGCAGAUCAUAAUAAAUGAAAUGGUUCUGUACGACCCACAGCGACUUAAAGUCUCCGAACAGGGAUUGUGCAUGAGUUUACACCUGUCUGAUCCAUUCUGAUGUUGUGUGAAAUUCUGGAGGUGAAGAACUACGCAACUUGCUGGGACCAACCUCUAGCGCAGCUUUGCUCCGGGUGAUUAUACCAUUGGUAUCGCUUGCAAGGCAAUUUUUCAUUCCCGUGGGGAACUUGGGAUCAGAGGUGUUCAGUCAUCAGGCUUGCCAAUGAGUGCACGGUUCUAUGGAUGAUCAUCAAUCCAGUUCUUCAUGGUUGAGGACAGGUUCGCUCUCAUUCGAGUUUGUCUGUUGAGUUCUCAGCGGACGAAAUAUGGCUGAUCUAUGCCCCCACCGAGGCGAGCAUGGACAUUACAUUUGAUGAUGGACCAUAGUGGUGUAUGUCGUACGAGGGGUGGGAGGCAUCAGACCUAGAGCAACCUAAAGCAACCUGCUGGCAAUCUUCCCAGGUUUGUGCACUAUUCCUGUAUGCGCCUGGUUACACCAAUCGGCCGCUCUUGUCUCGAUGACCCGAGGGGCACGACAAUUGGCGAAGUGAUAGCACACCAUUCCAACUUAAGCCCAAUCUCUUCUGGCCGGUUUGUUGAUGUAGACCCAUAUCAAGUUUCCAUCACUUUGAACUGCUAGAAUGGUUAGAAUAUGCUUGGAAACGAGAAAUUGAAGUCCUCCAAUUCUCUCAAUUCUCGCUACUUUGUCUGUUGAUUCUGACUUGAGGGUUGGUUGCCCAGUUGAUAGCCUGGAAUGACUCAUAGGGUUCCACUCGGGACUACGAGGGCCUCUAGCAGUGGAAGCAAAGCAAAGGAGUUUAUUUGGAAUAUUUACAGCCUCUCGAUAAUGAGUUGGAACUCAGGUUCAUUUGAGAAUGAGUGUUGAAUUCACUCAUGAAAGAGUCUUUGCGUAAGGCACACGGCACCUACAUGGAUCAUUGGAGGCGUUUGCAGCCGCUUCGAGGCCGCAGAGUGAGUGCGGCAGAGCCCCGUUGUGGGGAAUGUCGCAUGGCCCGAAUCCAUCUACGGCUCGGCCUUGUGCUGGAGCAUGGGGUGAAUUCGGACCAGGCUUCAUUCCCCUCAGCACGGCUCCUUGCAAUUGUCUUGCGCAUUCUGGCGGAUCCACGUCUUUACACGACAUUCUCCAGGCUGCAAGCUUCUGUGCACGUCGGCUGCGCUGCUUCCAAGUUACAUCUAGCGGUGGCCAGGUCUUCUCGAGAUGCUCGCAGUUCUGUUUCGCUUUAUCUCCAUAUAGAAAAUCUCGACAGAAGCUAAGAUGUACAUUGUGUGUGUAGGUUACUGUCAUUCAAAUACUGACUAUCUUACCACAUCAUUUGUCCAAUCGUUGAAAGUACCGUCAUCUAUCCGCCAUUGUACAUGUCCUGGUCUCACGCAGUCACCCUUGACUAAACUGAUGUGCAAGCUGACUCUAGGUCAGUUCGCUUACUUACUUUUUUUUUCACUGUAAGUGGCUUCCAGCUAGCUUGUCGCGUAUUUAAUUCGUUUCUCUUACCUCUCUCUUCCAACUGGCAGGCCAUCAGACAUCAUGACUAGUUGUCACAGUUUUCUGUGUGACAACAUGCCACUUAGAAAAGCGGAGAUUGUGUUCGUAACGAAGCAGAUUGGUUUCGUCAUCUAUUCGCACCAUGUUUAUAUAUCUGGAUGUAAUCCUGUACCCUAGCUACAGAUAUGGUACUUCAAGAAGUCAGUGUAAAUUCGCACGGUGUGAAUGUUUGCAAUCCGAGCUUCGUGGGACACCGAGUGAUCAGCUCUAACGAAUGGGAGGAGUUUCCUCCCCAUGCGUGGACGGACCUCAGAUUGUCUGUCAUUUUAGUCAUUCACUAAUGACAUCUGACAACUUUCGGGGCGUUUGUAGAUAUCCUAUCUUGUUGUUGUUUACACUUCAUUCAUGCUAUUAAUCUAUGAUUGUCAUUUCUUCAGAUUUGAUUUCUCAGUCUUUUCAGUCACACAAGUCGGAGACUGUGGCGAACGGCAGAUUUUUGGUAACUCAUUUAGCAUCAUUGACGCACGUCAAGAACAUUGAGGAGAGCGUGGAAUGGAGUGGACGUAGAAGUUUUCUCAAACCCCUUGCAUCGCCCAAGGUAGCUAUCGGAGAGCAAACUUGCUUUGCAGCUUAAGACGGAUUGAUGAGACAAGUUGUCAUUAGAGACCAAGGUCUGACCUUGCGCGCGAAGUGGUCUGGAUGUUCGAAGGGUACCUGAUCAGAAAUUUGAAUCAAACUCAGUGCAGUGCGGUCCAGACACGCGAUUAGAAUGUUUGUCGGCUACAAUUACAGACAUUCGAUUCCUGGACCAAUGAAUCUAAAAGUGCGCGAUUUAUCAUUCGAGUUUUAGAAAGUUCUACAAAUUGAUGACACUGAGGAUUGUAAGUUUGAUUAACGGAAGAUGGAUAUAUACAACUUUGGAGAUACUUCUGGUACUUUGAC